GUCAAACACACACAUACUCCCUCCCUUUCUCUCUCUUUCUUUCUGUGUCACACACAUACACACUGUUUCUCAGUCCUCAUCCACUUUUUUCUUCCUGUCUUCCUUUAUUCUGAAACUACUGCUUUCUGCAUGGAAGCUGCCAUAUAUUUUGAAUUACUUUUUUCUCUAAAACCUGCAGAAAUCUUUUUAUCAUUUCUUUUAUUUGCUUUCCUACUUUUGGAUUUAAAAAAAGAAAACAAAGCAGUCUAAAUGAAAAUAAAGCGAUUUACAUAAUAUAUAUAUAUAUAUUAUUUAAAGUAAUUAGUAUGUCAAGAGACUAGUAAAAUAACUUACUUGGAAAUAUACCAGAUAAACUUUCUUCAGUGAACCACAAACAGACUUCUUUUCAAGAAUCAUGAUUCUCUCUGGACCGGUAAUACUGCUGGGGGCCACCUUAGGAACAGCUACUGGGCUACUUGCUAUUUGUGGAUUGACAUAUUUGUGCAACCGUUCUCAGAAAGGCAAAGGAGACUCCAAAGAAAAACAUGACGAUCUUGAGUCAGAAGACAUCAAGCCAAGUGUACACCAUUCAGGACAGCAGUUCAGUGUAAAGAAGUCUGCAGAACCUAUACAACCGAGGGCAUUGUUCUCUUUUCCAAAAAUCUAUGGCCCAAAGCCUGCUGUUACAUCCCCAGAGAUAAUUAACUAUGCUGAUUAUGCAUUAGGGACAACAGACAAAAUGGCGGCCAACACCAGCUCUUCCAUUAUGAAUAACAGCACCACACAAAAGGCUGAGUCAGAGGAGAUCUUCAUCAUUUCCAAACAAGGUACUGCAGAUUAUGACUCUGUUUCCAGUAAUCUAACUAUGGAGAGCCAAGGUACACAGGAUCAAAGCCCAAAACUUCACUGUUUAUUCCGCUAUGACUCACAGAGCUGUAAACUUCAGGUGACAGUCUUUGAAGCAAUACAUGUAAAUGCAGGAGGAAACCAAGACUGUUGCACUUGUUAUGUGCUGAUCUGUCUUAGUACUGCAACAGAAAAAAAGGAGACUCAUACCUCAUUCAAAAGGAAGCUGCCUCAUCCAAUCUGGGAAGAAACAUUGACUCUACCCUUAGCAGAAGAAAACAUCACUGAUGGAAUGCUGACCCUCUCUCUGUGUGAUUGUGAUAAGUACUCGAGGCACAGCACUAUAGGAGAAACAAGCAUUAGCUUUGCGAAUGUGCACAUGCCUCCAGGAAAAGAGUGCUGGCUGCAACUCAAUGCUCCAGAAAAGGAUCCUAACAAUUCAGUUGGUGAACUUCUUCUGUCUGUCAGUUAUCUUCCAGCUGCUAAUCGUCUGAUUGUGGUGGUCAUGAAAGCAAGAGGGCUUCAUUCUGAGUCACUGAAAGAUGUUAUAGAUCUAUCUGUUAAACUUACAUUAAAACACCAGUCCGUGAAGCUGAAAAAGAAGCAAACAAAGCGAGUGAAAUAUAAGAUCAACCCAGUCUGGAAUGAGAUGAUCAUGUUUGAGGUUCCUCUUGAGCUCCUCAGCAAGUCCAUUGUGGAAUUAGAGAUGCUAAACCAGGACACAACAGGUCGGAACCAGCUCCUUGGCCGCUGUACCCUGGGCCAACAGUCGGAUAGCAUGGGACUGAGCCACUGGCAGGAGAUGCUGAACAAUCCAAGGAAGCAGAUUGCCAUGUGGCACCAACUUAAAUGAUUGCUAAUGUCACUGAGAAGGGUGGGCAAUGCAAAUUAAAAGUGCAAAGCAGCACAGCUGCAAUAUAUGUCAUUUAACAGGGUCUGUUGGUUUCACACCAGUAAACCACAUGUAAAUAUUCAAUUCUUCAUAAAUGUUUCUGAUUAGAAAGAUGUUGCUCGUUUUUUCCACGUAAAGACGCAUUUCCUACUCCAGGAGAAAUAACUUUCUGGAACACAUCACAGGGAAAUUUUUAACCCCAAUGUUUUUCAAAUUAGUCCUUGAGAGUGUACUAUGAAUAUGCUAUCAAACACAAUUUUUCCAGUAUUGUUUUGACUGCUUAGCACUUAGAAUUUCAAAGUGUAAUAUAUGUUUAAAUGUCAUUCUUUUAUUUAAUUAAAUAAUCCUCUUAUGUGCUUGUAGUUACUGAGAAAGCAUUGGUUUAUGGUAAAAUAUCAAUAAAAUAUAAUGUUGACUAGAUAUGAAAAUCUAUAACAUAUGAGAAUAUUAAGCAACAAUUCAGACUGAUCAGGAUUGUUUCAGCCAUGUAAAGAGCCAAGCACCGUGUAUGAACCCUGAAUGAUCAGAUUCUAACAGUUGCAUCCCCUGUACCUCUCUUUCUGUAUUAUCACUUGUAUUUUAGCAGCAUGAGAUGAUGUCUUUGUAUGUCAUAUAAAUAUAUCAACAUUACUGUCACUGAAUUAAUACAUAAAUCAUUUUUGCACUCUGAAUCAGACCUUACAUUGCUUAGAAGGAGAUUCCUUAAAUAUGUGCUUUAUAUCUAAACGUCUAUCAUGUACAAUUGUAAAACAAUCAGGGAUAACAUAUAAGGUGUCCCUGAAAAAUUGUUGUCAUCCUGAAGCCGCUGAUCUAGGUUUCAAUUCUGACCUGCCUCACAUAAAGGAAAGCAUUAAGAAGAACAACCUCGAUGAAUGUGUAGGCCCAAUGUAGGGAUUUUUCCUCAGCAAGCAGGGUUGCAUGUUCAGUUGGGGAUGUAUCUGGAAUAGAGUUAAGUGGCUGAUGAAUCAGCAAAGGGAAGUGUGCAGUUGUAGAGAGACAAUAGUCAUCAAACAGAGUGAAAGAGAGUACACCGGACUGACUUAAAACUAUACAUUGCAAUAAGGACCAACAAAGACCACAAUGCAGCUGUGAUGACACAAGUUAAAAAAAAAACAAGACUAAGCAAGGGAUUAAAUGGAACAUUGAAAAUGGAUUAAUGUUGUUUCCAUAGCUGUAUUCCAUUAUGGAUUAAAGUUGUUUCCAUAGCUGUAUUCCAUUAUGGAUUAAUGUUGUUUCCAUAGCUGUAUUCUAUUAUGGAUUAAAGUUGUUUCCAUAGCUGUAUUCCAUUAUGGAUUAAUGUUGUUUCCAUAGCUGUAUUCCAUUACGGAUUAAAGUUGUUUCCAUAGCUGUAUUCCAUUAUACAAAAUUAAGAGUGUUCGGAUCUGAAUGAUUUGACUUUCUGUGAUCCUUUCCAUUUAAAUUCACUUUUCAUUUUUUAAAGGUAUUGCUUUGCAUUUGGUAGGUGGGGAGCAUAAGUGGGGGUUUGUGAAGAAUCUCUCCAACAUAGGUAUGAUUUCUACAUUUAUAAUCUCAUUGUUCUUAAGUUUAUGCAUACAAAAGUAGUCUUCUCAUAAACACCAAGACACUGUUAUCACCCAGAUGAGAUGAUUUUAGCUAAGAAAUAACUAAACUGGAGCAGAUUACAUUAAAUGCAUACUAACAGACCUUUCUUAAAAUAGGUUUUCACUCAUUAGAUGUAUAUAGAUUGGUUUAUUUAACAUGACUGAACUGCAUUUAACUGAAUGCAAAUGGUUGAAACAAUGUGACUGAAAACACACGUGACUAUGAACCCAUUUCACUGAAACUCAUUUCAUUGAAUUAGACAUAACAGUAAUGUGUAAAAGUGUGUAUGCAGUAUGUGAUGGUGUCAUUCGUGAGGUUAUGAUUUGCUAUGAAAGUGAAUUUGCUGUACACGGUAUUGUUUUCUUUUCUCUGUGGUUGCGCAUCCAUCAAGUUAGCAUAUUUAAUUAAGGGGUAGGGGUGAAGCCCCUAGUUGGGGAUUGCAGGGAGGUUUGACACCCUGCAAAAAAUAUUUUUGGUGUAUUUUAUGUCAAUUUUUUUUUUUAUCAUUCGUGAUUCAGGGAAAUGACUUUCAGCAUGUGCAUUUUUAGUCAAGUGCUUUCAGUCAAAUGUAUGCAGCAUUGUGACUUUCAGUCAAAUGCAGUUUGAUCAUUUUAUAGCAAACCAUAUAGUUCAUAUGUGAUGAAAAAAGAAAUAAUUUGAAGUAAAAGUAUGAGCUCCAGACAAUGAAAAUGUUUCAUCAUAAUAACUUAUGUAUGACUUAAACAACUUACAUGAGUCUUCCUCCUAAUACCAAACUAUAUGAUUAUCCUCAUGGACUAAAGGAUAUCUACUACCAUACUCAUGUGUAAAUUGUUUAAGGAGUGUGGGCAUGUGAGUAUCAACAUUUGUUUACAUGUAACUAACAGCAAAGCUCUUGGACACUGUCAUCUUUAACAGCCACCUAUAAUAAACUUGAGAACGGUCACACAAGACAGACAGUUAAAGUCUGCCAUCUUUUCCAAAAGACUACAGUCGGAGACAUAUUAAUAAGUUCAGUGAGAUUUCCAAUAAUCUGGGAAGCACUUAUGUCAAACAUACUAUAAUCAGUCAUUGGCAAGGAGGUCCAACCAAUCCUGGUUGAAAUGUUCAAAACUCAGAUAUUCAUUAGCAAUGAUUAGAUAAAGGUAUUCUUUAUUAAAAGAAUAAACGAGACAGACAUUUUACGUGGUGUGGGAGAUGUAAGUUCAUAGGUAAUUACUAGGCUAACAACCCCAGGGGGGCUUUUUAAGCCUAAGCAUGCUUCCCACUUGUAUGUGACAAGUUUUGAUCCCCCUAUGAUUAUUUUAAGUGGUUUAUGUAAGCUUUGAUAUUGGUAGUCAAGCAUUUGCAGGUUUAUUAUUAUACAAAAGCUCACUGUCAUCACAGAAAGCAAAUUCCCAGGAGUCCUCCAUUCUGUUUCUGCUCUCAUCUUAAUCACGUAAAAAGGUUUAAAUUAUCUUAAAGACCCUGUUGUCUCGUAUCAGUAGGGUAGGUAUUGGUAUGUAAAAAUAAGAUAACAAGCUUGCAUUCUAGAGAUGUUUCUUCAUAUACAAUUUGGUUUUAAUGCCAUCUAAUUUACAAGAAAAACUGUGUAAUCAUGUAAUCGCAUGAAACCGCAUUGUAGGAACAUGUUGGACAGCAUAAAACAGAGUGCAGCAUGUACUUAUGUGCUUGUCAGGCCAGUUCAUUCCAUACACAAUGCAGAUAAUGGGUGGUUAGAACUAGAGAUCACAGGGUCCCCUGUCAGGUAGAGCUUCUGAUAAUCAGUCCAAUUCUCAACAAAUAUAUUAAACUGGAAGGCAAACCUGCAAGCUUGAAGUACUCACAUACUGGCUAGCUCUUCCUGUUUUAAUGCACAUAAAACCUUAAAGUAAAUGAGGAUUAGAUAGUCUGUGAAGCAUCUCUGCCAUAAACAAGGUAUCGGACAGUCUAAUCUGAGUAGUCAGAGAGCAGCAAGACUGGACAUGUACUGAGUCCAACAAACUGAAGAUAAUGAGGAUGAAUGGAUGGUAAAUAUGCCACUGUUGUUCAUGUUUCUAGGCAGUGUCAGUGUUGUAAGAUAGCACAAGCAGCUCAGAGUAAUUUCUUGGUGAAAUUUUAAGUAAAUUGUACAUAAAUGCAUGAGUAGUCUAAGUGCUGUAGAUGAUUCUGCCUUCAGAAUGAGGUAUGCAACUGUGGGUUCACAGCCUAAGGCUGCUUCAGUAUCCAUGAGACCCAGUUAAAACCCUGAAAAAUAUCUACAGGGGUUAUGGCUGGUGUCAGGUUGAACAAUUUAACUUCUACAGGGUAAUAAUUUAAACAUGAAUUUUUUCAUUUGCUAUUUCAAAACAAUACCAUUACCACAACACAACUUGUACCUAGUGAAGGAGUAGCUUAGACAUUCUUAGGAAAGUUCUGGAUGUUCCAAAGUAACAGGACUGUGUUCAGAAGAGUUUCUGAAGAAAUAAUCUAUAAGUCAAGUCAGCUAUCAGCUGUUUGUGUCUGUGGUGUCAUCUUAAUAAAAGUGUAGACAUUGAAGAAGCUCAAUCACAUCCGAAGGUAAAUAUUUUUAAACUGUUUGCUUACGCUCGGUGGUAGACAUUUGUGACUUGAGAAAAGUUUCUGCUAUACACUAUAUGCUCUCCAUGUAAGUUCCAUUGAGGUGUAUUCAACUCAGCUGAGCCUCUGAGUAAGCUAUGUGAAAGUUUAAGAAUAUCUGUAGUCAGACAAAGCACCACCAUGCAUAUGGGCUUUAUCCUUAGAUAAAGGCCUAACAUUAGGGACAGAAUUUAAAUACUGCUCAUAUGCUUUUCAAAAAUUGCUAGAAUAGCAUAUUUGCAUUAACAUGCAUUUUCUGAAGGAUCUGUAGUCUGAAUCUCAAAUAUCUACCAUUAUUUACUGAAAGUACUCCUCUGUGAUUUUUCAGAAAACCAAAAGCUUUAUGAUGAACAAACCACAACUAUGAAAUAAAUCAGGGCCAUUCUGCAAAAUCAGAGCUCUGUCUUCAUGUGAGAUUAUGCAUAAUGGUUGUGUGCAGGGUCUGUUUAAAACACUUAAUAUGACAAGAAUAUCUAUUUGUGUUUAUUUCCACAACAAAGAUAAAUUCUGGAAGUUAGACUAUAUAUAUUAGUUCUAAACAUGAUCACAAAUGCAACCUUGACUGCGCAGUAUGUCAGAAAUGUUUAAUCAGAGGCAAAGUACCUCAAGGUAAUAGCAAAUGCUUAAAUGAGCUCACUCUGAAUUACUAAAUACAGACAUUUUCAUGCAUGCUGCCACCAAUAACAAGAAUGCUAAUGAACAAGGAGAAAAUAACUGCAAUGUUCAGUAAGCCACGCCAGACAUUUUAGCUCAGAUUAGGCUUUCAGCAAAAAUAUUUUAAAUGAGUCAGCAUUUGUUUAAAAUAAAACACAACUAUAUGUGUAAUAGAACUCUUACAGUCUCUGUACAAAAUCUGGGAAAAUAAACAGCACUAUUGUGUGAUCAACUGUGUUAUUUCAUGCAGUGUAAUGCACAUGAAAAAUAAAAGCACAUGAUACACUGUUAAAAA